ACUGAUGGAUUGAUCAGUCUUUUCCUUGAAAACUCGCUAAACGCGCAAGCGCUUGACAUGAAUAUCCGUCCUCGACAUCCAAUGAUCAUCAGUGUCGUCUGAGCUUCCGUGCUUUAAUGAUGCGCGGAUCACCGACCGUUCAGAAGUCAAAUCCAGUCGCGAUCGUGUGCGAUCACGAGAAGUACGUGCGGCUAAGUGUUCAGAAGACUCGUUGGAUACUGAAGUCGAUCGGUGUCUGGCCGAAAGCACUCGAAUCUUCUUCUCUCAUGAAAAGAUACGUGCGUGUGCUGAUAAAUGUGAUCUGCAUCGGUUUAGUCACCUUUCUUUUCGUACCAUGCGUUUUCUACGUUGUGCUCGAAGUUGAGGACACGUACAACACUUUAAAGUUUACCGGGCCGUUGAGUUUCUGCAUAAUGGUUUUCAUGAAGUAUAUCUUGCUGAUAGCACGCGGAAAUGAUAUUCGCGUUUGUAUCGAGCAUAUUAGGAACGACUGGAUGAACACGCAGCAUCACGGUGAUCGCGCGAUCAUGAUCAGGAACGCGGAGUUUGGUAGUCGCCUUGUAAUGAUCUGCUCGUUCAUGUCAUAUGGUGGUGCUGUGUUUUAUCACAUCGCCAUGCCGAUCGGCAUGGGCAAAAUUACGGAUAUGGACAACCUGUCGUAUCAUCUAUUAGGAUAUCCAGUCGCCAGGGUGAUCGCCGACACGCGUUAUAGCCCCAUUAAUGAAAUCUUUCUCUUGAUUCAGUGCAUAUCGGGUCUUACUACGCAGGCCGUCACGGCCGGUGCCUGCAGUUUGACUGCCGUUUUGGCGAUGCACGCUUAUGGUCGUCUAGAGAUUCUCGUACAAUGGAUCAUGCAUCUAGUAGACGGACGUGAGGAUUUGUGCAAUAACGUAGACAAAAGACUGGCCAUAAUUGUGCAGGAACAUGUGCGAAUUUUGCGUUUUAUAUCACUAACGGAAAAAAUAUUGCAUGAAAUAUUUCUCGUGGAAAUUGUAGGAUGUACUAUGAAUAUGUGCUUUCUUGGAUAUUACAUUAUCAUGGAAUGGGAAAUUGGCGAAAGUGCAAGUUAUAUAACAUAUUCUGUUUUACUUAUAUCUUUUACCUUCAAUAUUUUCAUAUUUUGUUACAUAGGUGAACUCGUCGCCAUGCAGAGCAGGAGGGUCAGCGAGGUAGCGUAUAUGAUCGAAUGGCAUCGUCUACCUAAAAGGGAAGCUCUCGCUAUUAUACUAAUGAUUGCGACAUCUAAUUCACCAAUCAAAUUUACUGCUGGGAAUAUUAUUGAUUUAUCUUUAAGCAGUUUCGGUGAUGCAAGUAUUCAUAAAUUAGUUGCAAUUUUUAUACAUUAUGAUAAUUUUUUAAUAUGUUCAAACAUAACUUAUAUAAUCAUUCAUUAUAUCAAUAGGUGAUUAAAACAUCAGUUGCCUACUUGAAUAUAUUACGUACGCUAACUUCUUAGAAAGUUUUUGUUAUAUACAAAUAGUAUUGACAAAUUGUAUUUGCUGCAAUAAAUGAUAAGUUUAAAUUGGCAACUUUGUAGAAUGCAAUUUUGUGUCAUUCAAUUU